CCUGGCAGCGGCACUGGGUUGUUCCCGGCACUUGGCGCAGCUGCCCUUUCCCUGGUCCCAGCCUCCCUCCCUCACAGCCAUGGGAACCUAUCCCUAUUUGUUACAUUAUAAAGUGGGUUCACUUUAUGCAAUUUGAUUUAUGUGCCAUUUCUGGUUUGUCAGAAGGUAAGCUUUUAGAGGCAAGAAAUGAACUGUACUUUGUGUUCAGAAAGUGCCAGUACAAUGUGAUGGGCUACAAAAAACAAUAAUCAUUGUUAUGGGGUUAACCAUUAUAUUAUGACUCUCAUCCUUUCAGCUGAGUACCUCCAAAUCCUACUAAAGCUAAUGGGUGAAUGAUGACAGGAUCAUAUCCUUUGUCUACAUCAAUUUUACCAGGUCUUGGCUUUGCUAUCUAACUCCCUAGAUUUUAAUAAAUACAGAAGAAAAAUCUCACAGAAUAUUAAGGAGACACAAUUAAAUCUAAGGAAGCAAAAUGAUCGAUUUUGAAAAGUUACUUAAAUUCACUGGAUGUAGCCAGUAUUUUGGCUCUAUACCCUCUUGCCCCCUCCACCCUGAUCCCCACCCCCUGACCUCUAACACCCAGAUAAGAAGAUUUCUUCUCCCUCCUGACAUCAGCAUUAGGGUUGAGCCAAUAUAAUAGAGACUGUUGGGCACCACCAGCAACAACAGUCAGGGCAAGCAGCUUUUCUUACUUUCUAUCACCACUGCAGAGGCUGUCAUCUUCAGCAGACCUGUCCUUGUGUCCUCAAUAGCCAAGUGACAUUUGUUUUCUGUAUUCAGGAAUUCACUUUCAGCCUAUGAUUAAAAAAAACCCCCAAUAAGUUAUGUCCUGAAUAUUUUUCAAAAGCAAAAAGUCACCUUUUAUUUAGCAGGGGGUUUUUUCAUGCAAAUUCUACUCCAAGAGCUACUAACUGCUUUUGUUACAUAUAUGUAAGUCCUAAUGAUGUUAAAUGAGAAUCAUAUGCCCUGAGGGCAAUACAUGACCCUAAUAAAGGAUAACAGGAAUAACUCUAUGCAUUAGGCAGUGCUAUACUGAUUUUCUUCACUUGCCUGUUAGUAUCUAUAACAUGCACUUUAAUAUACAGCUGAUGAGAUGAUGAUAUUGUUUAAAUAUUUUUAUAGUCGUUGCCUCAGGCAGGGGCAAAACCCAUAACAGUUCCUGUGCUUUUGAUAAAAUUGUUUUUUUUUGGCUAAGUUAAUUACCCUCUUAGGAUGGAAGCAAGUGAGGAAGCAGCUUAUAGCCCAAUGCAUAGCCCUCAAAGCUAGAGCUUCAAAAUGAGAUGGCAGCUCCACCCAAUAUUUUGCCUUACCUCAGCCCAGUACAGCUAAAAGCUUUGGUUAAUCAAAAGCUUUGCUCUGAAAAAAUAAACCUCUUGUUUUCAAUAACAAAUUGUGUUUUGUUAGUGGAUAUGAAUGGUCCAGAGUGAGCAGUCUACAAUUCAUCAUGUACUGAACCAUUUCAAUAGGAACACACUAAUCUCAAUCAUUACUAAACUAAUGAUGCAUUUUGGAGCUGCUGCGUGGAGGGAAAGCGGAGGUAGUGGAAUGUCAAACUGAGAAGUGGGGGAGUACAGUGUAUUUACUUACAGAUUUCUAGGAGAGCAGGGCCCCAGACUGCACUUUGAUUGCUUUACUUCUGUGUCAUAUGCUAUGUACUAAUAUAUUUUAAAGAUGCAGCAUUUACUAUGCACUCAAAUUCUUUGUUUAUUUAUGCAAAAUAUUUUGGUCAUUUCCAUCAAUUUCCAAAAUUAUCUACUUGAAAUGUAACUAUUUUCAUCAGCUGUGGACAGUUUGUCCCAAACAGAAUCAAUUCAUAUAGAAUUUAGCUGCCACAGGGGUAGCUGGCAUCAGUGGCUUCAUUGUUUGUUACUAUGGAAACUGCUCAGCCUAUCCUGAAUAGCUGUUAGAUCAUACGGAAAGAUGCACAUCUCUGUGUAACUUCAGCGUUGAGUAAGUUGGAUUUCAGAUCCAUUCAGUCUUCUACAGCAUAUGUGAACUAUUGCAAUCAGCCAUGCAAGGCUCUCCCAGGCGGCGCUCAGCUGUUAGUAUUUUUAGCAACUUCUUUCAGGGUCGGAGGCAUUCUUGCUCCGAUCCCCUUCUCCGUAUAAUCCAAAGGCGCCGGAGCUCGGUUGUGGAGGUACUGUCAUCAUCAACACACAGGGUUAUGGUGGCUAUCUCAUCCCUAAGCCCUGAAGACCUGGAUGCAACUUUUCCUGAGAAAAAGAGUAAAGUAUUUUUAACUUAUGCAAUGCGCCCAACUGCAAAAUAUACUAAAGUAGGGGAGCGCCUUCGCCAUGUAAUUCCUGGUCAUAUGCAGUGUUCAAUGGCAUGUGGUGGACGUGCUUGUAAAUACGAAAAUCCAGCUCGAUGGAGUGACCAAGAGCAAGCUAUUAAAGGGCUUUACUCUUCUUGGAUAACAGAUAACAUAUUGGCAAUGGCUCGUCCCUCAACAGAAAUCAUUGAAAAAUAUAGUAUCAUUGAGCAAUUUGAAAGAUGUGGCAUAAAAACAGUAAUUAACCUUCAGCGUCCUGUGGAGCAUGCUAGCUGCGGGAAUCCACUGGAGCAAGAGAGUGGCUUCACCUACCUUCCUGAAGCUUUCAUGGAAGCUGGAAUUUAUUUUUAUAAUUUUGGAUGGAAAGAUUAUGGUGUGGCAUCUCUUACCACUAUACUCGAUAUGGUAAAAGUGAUGGCAUUUGCCUUGCAGGAAGGGAGGGUAGCCGUUCAUUGCCAUGCAGGACUUGGCCGAACAGGUGUUUUAGUAGCUUGCUACUUAGUUUUUGCAACAAGAAUGACUGCAGAUCAAGCAAUUCUUUUUGUUCGGGCAAAAAGGCCUAAUUCUAUUCAAACUAGAGGACAGUUAUUGUGUGUAAGAGAGUUCACUCAGUUUUUGAUCCCUCUGAGAAAUGUUUUUGCUUGCUGUGAACCCAAAGCACAUGCAGUUACUCUGUCCCAGUACCUGAUCCGUCAGCGGCAUCUGCUUCAUGGUUAUGAGAGUAGACAUCUCAAGCAUGUGCCAAAACUUGUUCAUCUAGUUUGCAAACUUCUUUUGGACUUGGCUGAAAACAGGCAGGUGAUAGAGGAAGAACUGUUAGACAUACCAGAUCUCUCAGCUGAAAUUGAAAAGACCGUUUCUCAGUUGCUGUCUACACAACUAGAUAAAGAGUUAACAAGACAGGACAGUGAUACAUCAGAUUCAUUCUCCCACUCGGUGAGAAAUAAUCCUUUUGAGACCCAAGAUUCCGUUUUCUCACUUGAACACGAAUGUGAUCCUCUUUGGAAGAGAAGGAAUGCUGAAUGCCUUCAGCCUCUGACUCAUCUGAAAAGGCGUCUAAGUUACAGUGACUCAGAUUUGAGGAGAACUGCAUUUCUCUUCGAACAGGGAGAAACUCCAUGGACAGUGCCUGCACAAAUACUACUCUGCAACAAACUUAAACGGCCUAACAAUGUGGAACAUUGUUUUGCUGCAGGCAAUCAAAAGCCUCAGCUGGACUUAAACAAAGAAGCUUUUGUGCGUAGUACACUUACUUUCUGGAGCCAAGGUAAAUUUAAUUUGGAUGGAUCCAUCCAAAAAGAUGGAUCUGCACUUUAUCAUAGAAAAAAAUCUCCAAAAGAAGUACAGCGUAGUAGAACCUUUUCAGCAGGUCUUACAUAUGUACACAAUGCUAGUGACCCCAGAACACCAAAGUGUAAUUUUGCCAAAGACACUGGUCACAAAGAAGAACAAAAGACUAAUAUACAUGGCAGAAUAAUUUGUGCAUCUGAGGACUCCGAUUGUUCUUCUAAGGAAGAAUGCUCUCUUGGAUGUGAAAGCCAAGACAGCAAAGAUCUAUCAGAAACAAUUCCACACAUUAUUUUGCAAUCAGAAUUGAGUCUGGAGGCACGAAGAAUUUUGGCAGCUAAAGCUCUUGCAAAUUUAAAUGAAUUUGUGGAAGAGGACGAAUUGAAGCAGAAAGUAGAAAUGUGGCAGAAAGAGCUGAAUUCUCGAGAUGGAGCUUGGGAUAAAAUAUGUGCUGAGAGAGAUCCUUUUAUUCUUUGCACAUUGAUGUGGUCCUGGAUAGAGCAACUGAAGGAACCUCUUAUAUCCAAAGAGGAUGUGGAUAUGUUGGCAAAAAAGUCACAGGCAACACUUAACUUACUAGAAAAGGAACAAUAUCAGACUAUUCUUUGUAUUUUACAUUGUAUAGUGAAUUUGCAGAUGAUACCAGCUGAUGUGGAGGAAGCUUUACUUGCUCGGGCCAUUAAAGCUUUCACAAAGAUGAGUUUGGAUUCUGAAAACGGACCAUAUGUUUACAACACCCUGAGGAAACUAUUUAAACAAACACUGGAAGAAAAAAGAAGGGGGCUUAAAGAAGGAACGGAAAUCCCAUUGUAAUGUUUACAGAGUUAUGCUGAGGGAUUUGAUUUCACUUACCAGCUACUGUAUUUUGUGUUAAUUGGCAUGUAUUCCCUAACUUUAAUUAGUUAUCAAAGACGUGUUUUUGUUUCAAAAGGGAUCUGUAGUGAAACUAAUUCUAGUUCCAUAUAUUUAAGCUGAUAUUUUUUUAAUGAGUUGCUGCUGUGUGAAUGUACUCUUUGGUUUGAAGCUAUAUUCUUUUGUAUUGUGAACUCUGUUUUAAAGCUGUAUUUAUUGAUUUAGAAAUCCAUCAUUGGUAAGCUAUAUUUUUCAGUUAAUUGAUCGCCAUAAAUCCAGUGCCAUGUUACAUUAUACAGUGGUUCAAUGUAUUGAAUUAAUAUUUAUGUUAACAAUACAAAUGUUUACAUUAGUGCAAUUCCAUUUUACUUUAUGUUGAAUAAAUAUUGACUGUGCUCAUC